AUGGGGGGUACCAGACCCUCCAGUACACUCCUGCUUCUGCCUCUCCUUCUGACUGUGGGUGGUCUCAACCCUGUCCAGGCCCAGAGUGCCUCAGAAUGCAAGUGCCCUGCAAUUGGCCCUGGUGUGCUGGCUGGGAUCGUGCUGGGGGACCUGGUGCUGACGCUUCUCAUUGCCCUGGCUGUGUACUCUCUGGGCCGGCUGGUCUCUCAGAAACGAGGGGCUGUGGAAAUGAUGGGGAAACAGCGCACCGCUGAGACCGAAUCGCCUUACCAGGAGCUCCAGGGUCAGAAGACAGAUGUCUACAGUGAUCUCAAAACACAGCGGCAGUAUUAG